UGUUGUCCAUAUGUAUGUGUGUGACGAUGAAUACUAUGAGAUUUUAGGCCCUAAAAGACAAACUAAAACCACAAAAUAUUACUACUACCAAGACCCACCCUGAUUUUACCAUAUGGCUGCAAGUGCAACUACUACUACUUCUACUUCUACUUCUACAAAUCUCAAAUUCCAAAUCCAACCCAUUAAACCCAAACGCCGACGUUGCCGUGAAACCACCAUUACUACUUCUACUAACCCUUCACAUUAUUCGCCCACCAACUGUUCGACACAAUGCCUCAACCAAACUCGUAAAGUUGAUACACCCACUAUUGUCUCACCGGACAACUCAUGGUGUUGUCCUGCUUCUAAAUCACCCUCGCCGUCGCCGUCGCCGUCGCCGCCGCAACCCAUUUCCUCCUGUUCCUCCUCGAUUUCGGAUAAUACCAAGAUCCGAUACUCGCCGACGACGUUCCCUCGAGUAAUGGAAUCUAUCGGUACCCUUUACGGCGGCGGUGGAGGAGGUGGUACUCCGAUCCCAAAUAACAACACCCACGAAGGAUUUCCGUCGUCUUUUAGUAAAUUCAACUCAGCGCUUACUGCGGGGUUGCUGAACCCAAUGUCACCGCCACCUUCUAUGGAUAAGACUCGUUCGAGUCCGACCCUUUUCGAAAUGAUGGCGAAUGAACCUGAAUGUAUUACGAGAUCGACAAUUAACACACCCAUUUCGAAUGGAUGCUCAAAUCAGAAGCCGGCUUCGUUUGUUCCACUGGACAAACAGGCGUUAAUGCAACAGCGACUUUUGGAUCUUUUAGCUUGUAGAAGCCCAGGGAAUCAGUUUAAUGAUUCGAGUUCGAGUGAUGUGAAGUUAACAUUGAGUUCUAAGGAUGGUUUGAGUGUUGCUAUGAAUGUUCAUAGGCAGAUCUUGGUGGUUCAUAGUCGUUUUUUCGCUGUGAAGUUGUCGGAGAAAUGGGUAAAGCAACAAAGAAAUUCAAGUCCUUACAUUGUUGAGAUUGCGGAUUGUGAUGAUAUUGAAGUGUAUAUUGAGACUUUGAGAUUGAUGUAUUGCAAGGAUUUGAGGAGAAGGCUCAUGAAGGUAGAUGUUUCCAAAGUCCUUGGGAUCUUAAAGGUUUCUGCUGCAAUUGGGUUCGAUGCGGGGGUGUUAUCGUGCCUGGAGUACUUGGAAGCUGCUCCUUGGGCUGAGGAUGAAGAAGAAAAGGUAGCUUCACUGUUGUUUGAGCUUCGGCUUGAAGGAGUAGGUGCUGGGGAAGUUUUAAGGAGGGUAUCUCUUGAUGUUGCAUCGGGAACAGAGAGUGGAAAUGGGAAUGAGGAAGUGCUUCUCAAGCUAUUGCAUGUGGUUCUUGAAGGGAAAGAUGAGAAGGCGAGACGAGAGAUGAAAGGCUUAGUAUCCAAAAUGUUGCAUGAGAAUUCAUCUCAUAACGAUUUGAGGAAGGAGUCAUUGUAUUCAGCUUGCAAUGCAUGCCUGCAAUUGCUCCGCCACCAUUUUUUACGGGCAGCAGAUGCAGACAUGAUGGAUGUGGGUCAGAUUGCACGACAGGCUGAUAAUCUACAUUGGAUUUUGGAUAUCUUGAUUGAUCGACAGAUAGCUGAAGAUUUUUUGAGGACUUGGGCUUCUCAGUCUGAAUUAUCUGAGGCACAUUCUAAGGUGCCUGCACUCCAUAGGUAUGAGGUUAGUAGAGUCACGGCUAGACUGUUUGUUGGUAUUGGUAAAGGGCAAUUACUAGCUUCCAAGGAUGCUAGGUGCUCUCUUUUGCAGACAUGGUUAGUGCCUUUCUAUGAGGAUUUUGGAUGGAUGAGGAGGGCAUCAAGAGGUCUUGAUCGGCAUUUAAUUGAGGAUGGUCUCAGCAAUACUAUUCUGACCCUACCAAUGGCGUUGCAGCAAGAUAUUCUGAUGUCUUGGUUUGAUCGGUUUUUGAACUCCGGAGAUGACUGUCCAAAUAUCCAGAGGGGAUUUGAAAUUUGGUGGAGAAGGUCUUUCUGGAGGCGAAAUGGUGAGCCUGAACGCCCUCGUCAAAUGCGUGUCAUGACUGCAACAAUUGAGAACUCUUGAGACUUAACCUGUGAAUGAGAUGAGGUCGACAACCACUCUGUGAUUGUCUUGUUUCAACUCUUGCUAUUCCUCAUCCCUCAUCUUAUACCAAUUUUUAUUGUUUUUAAUACGGAAGAACACUUUUUUUUUCAGUUUAGGUGUCAUGUGAUAUGAGAAUUUUUUUCUUUCUGAUCCCAUGUAGAACUCUCCUGUCUGUGACUGAAUUUCCUGAAUUAGUGGUUUUAUCACCAAGGGUCAUCCUACUUAAAAGUUGUGCGACUUCCUGAAUGCUUAAAUUCUGUGACAGGGAGAAUUCAUAUCCUCAGUAUAACAAGAUAUGGAUGAUCAAUUCAAGCAAGUUGACAAUUUAGGUUAUUUGAGACAUAAGGGCGAUAGUCCAUCUGAUCUCUCACUUUGGGAAGUGCAACAGUAAUGCUAGUGAGUGUCACUAGGCCUAAGGUCCAGUAGUUUGAAGGUUCUACUGAAUGCAGUACUGGAACUUGGUGGCAGUAAAUAUCUGCCACCCCAGAAAAGCUGCUAAACUUUCUUAACAAAUUAACCAGUUGUUUUGGCUGUCGUUUCCUUGCUGUGUUUAUAGUCAGUUUGCAUUACCAGAUAUGUUCUUAAAAGAUUCUUUCAGGAAGUUCUUCUUCGCCUUCUAGUAACAGAACAUAGUGGUGCAAUUCAGUCUCUCUUCUGUGUUCUGGUUCUGAUUGAUGAUAGUUUGGGCCCUGAAGUUGACACAAAAACAUCAAGUUGAAGGAAACAACUGAGACAAACCGCACAAAUUUGCUCGUUGACACAACCAGAAUCUGACUUCUUAUGCAGAAGGCAAGAAUUAAGUUUCUUGUACCUAGAAGAUAUUUUCUAAAUUUUGUUCCCCUGAUGUUUAAAGACAAUGGUCUUUCCUUCCACUCAAUCAGCUUUCGGAUCCACUAGUGUUCGACUUUAAAGAAAUUAGCAUUGGCAUUGCCUGUUUUGUUGGAACACUUGAAGCUUAUACAGAUAAACCAUCUGAGUGCUGGAGCAAAAGUACUCACUACCACCCCAAUAGACUGAACAAUAAGAAUUAAGCUUGUUGUCCAUUUGUAUGUUGAACUAUUUGGGAAAUAUGGAGGUGAAUUAUAUAUUCUUAUAAGAGCUUCCAUCAAAAUUAGAGAUGCCAACACACAGAUUGUCCCUGAAGUCGAAAAGGUUACAGAACGUGCCAUCACAAAUUGAGGGUUACUAGUUUCGACCAUCAUCCAACGCUUCUCCACAGUGUCUCUCAGUCUAUCGAUGGACAACCUUCCGAAUGCUAGUGCAUCAUUCCUCAAGGAUGUCCAGAGCUACAACGUUCGACAAAAUUUCUUUGUUACUCGUGGCUCCUAUUGAUGGCAUGAAGUUACCUAUUACAACACACAUGAAAGCAGUGCUGGCCAGUUUGGAAAGCUGGUCAGUAUGACCUGGCAUCGGUUCAGAUAUAUCGACAGGCAACUUCAUUGCUACAGCUAACACUGUAAGAGAAGCAGCAUUCAGAGCAAAGAAUUUGCAUGGGAACCAAAGUCUCUUUAAGCGGAAGGCUUGGAAAGCAUCAGCAGCCAUAGCAAGGAUACAAAGUAGAGAUGCUGCUGCUACAUAGAUACCGAUCAUUGGCAUUGGGCUACUGAAUGAUUCGCUGUAGCAUCUUUUGUUACAUGCGUUGGUGAUGAUAUGGCAAUAAGGAUUAUCACACGACGCCUCAUUCAUGUUCACCAUGACUCCUAUUUCCCUUGUGGAUGCUAAAUUCAGGAGCAAGAAUAUGAAGAGCUACAUCAAAUGGUUUAUCUGUAUUUUUAGCCUUGUGAUUUGAAACCAACAUGGAAGGAUGACUGAGCUUUCAAUUGAAUUAAAUGAUUGACAAUUUGAUGUAAAGUGACACUAGACUUUUCCACAAAGAGAGCACCACAAAUCACUAUGUUCA